CUUUUUCCAAAGCUGCAACCCAAUGCCAAAUCAGACUUGUGUAAACUUUGGGCUUGGCAUUACAUUUUCGUGUGUCAUCAAGUUUUAACAGUUUCUGUUAAACGAAUGUUUCUUAAAUUAGAUUAGAUCAUGGAUCUGCUAGCAGAAUCUUCUGUGGAAAAGAAAGGUAGUACAGAGGAGGAAGACCUAGAAGUUGACAUGAUGGACAAUGUUGCAGAAGGAACUAAUGUGGACGAGAAUGGUGAUGGAGUUGCCGAAGGUGAUGAUGACUGUAAUACCAGAGAGGUAAGCAUGGGUAAAGAGCCCGUUAUAGAGAUGGAAGAGCCAGCAGAAUUGAGCAUCAAUAUAAAUGCAGCAGACAUAGACAUGUAUGUAUCCGACAGUGACGAAUCUUACAGUGAAGCUGCCUCUGGCAAUAUGGACCACACUCAUGAAGAUGAUGGUGACAAUUUGGUGGAGCAAAGGAGCAAACUCCACUGUAUGAUCUGUGGAAACCUGUACACAGAUCCAAGACUGCUUGAGUGUUUGCAUACAUUUUGCUUGGAGUGCAUACAAAGUUUAAAAAAGAAUAAAAAGCGAUAUCCGCAUUGUCCCGUCUGUGAAAUGGCCAUUUUAAAUAGACAGUUGAAACACCUUCCAAAGAAUUUAGUGUUAAAUAACCUUCUGUCUUCUGAUGCUAGCAGUGCUGCAAACAAAUGUAUUGUGUGUUCCCUUCACGACAUAGAGGCAGCACCGACAGGAAGGUGCAUGGACUGUGGUGACCUACUGUGUGAAAGUUGCUGUGAGAAACACACGUUUUCCCGGCAGACGGCGAAACACAAGAUUGUCCCCAUCAACAGUGACUCCCCAGUACCUCAGCGAAGUCUGUACAAGCUCUGCCCGAGUCAUGAUGAAAUGUGCUCAAACUUCUGUCUUAAAUGUAAAACAGCUGUAUGCAAGGACUGUGUGCAGUCUGAUCAUAGUGAACACAAAUACAUGUCCAUAGAGGCUAAGAAUAAAGAAAUACAGCAUGGCAUGGAUGCUCACCUCAAGGAAUUGGAGCAAAUGGUAUCAACACUUGAGGAUAAUGAUAAUUACAAUGAAGUUCUUGAAAUGUUAGGAGAAAAGGAAAAGAAAGAAAUUGAGAUUCUGACCAAAGGAAAGGAAAAAUGUAUUGAACAUAUUGAAAAAGAGCAUGAGAAGCAUAUGAAAAUUCUUGCGGUGCAUUUCAGUAACAUUAAAAAUAGAACAAAAAGGCGACAUAGUUAUAUUCAAGCACAACGGCGUGAUGUGUCUUGUCUUCGAGAUAAUAUUGAUUUCAUUCUAUCAGAAGGGCAGGUAGAUGAAAUUAUGCAAAUGCAUGGUAUCAUUGAACAAAGAAUUAAUAAAGUUAAUAGUAACUGCAAAAAAACAUACAAGCCAGUCACAACAUCAAGCAAUCUCCCAAGAGCUUAUUUUAGAUCGGAUUUUCUAAAUACAAUGAAAGCAAAGUCAAUCUUCUAUGUUUCAAAUCCUGAUAAACUUGCUGAGAAGUCUUCAAGUGAGCCUGUUAGGAAACAGCCAGAUCACCUGCCAUCGACUUCCAGGAUCAAUCAGGCACCCUCUCAGGAAGUUCGGUUUCCAGCUCGUGGAGGUGGUCGGGGAGCUUUGCUGCAGAGGCACCUGACGCCCUCUCUAUUGGGGGAUUAUCCCGGGCCCCAGGGAGCAGCAUCCAGGCCAGGGAUGACCACCAGACAGCCAGAGACAUGUUUUACCAAUGGAAAGACUAGUUCUUCAGUAAAACACUCCUGGGGCCAGGCAGCACUUCAUAAUUUAGAGAGAACUAACUAUGCAGACUCCAUGCAGAUGAACAUUCUGCCUGACACUCACAAAACACCUCUGAUACUGAAGCAAAGGUCAUCUGUGAAUGUCAGACUAGAGAGCGACAAAAAAGUCCCUGACAUUGUUGGACUUGUAUUUACAUCCCUUGAGAACUUUGUGGUGUGUGAUGCAAGGAACCAGCUCCUCAAGGCAUUCAGCUGUUGGGGCAAGUUCAUCGACUGCAUUCCCGACCAAGGGCCCAACUAUGUCACCUUCUGCAAGAACUACCUCAUCUGGAACAGCCAGUUUUCCUCAAUCAAGUUCUAUGACACAAAGAGCUGCCAGGUGCGGACCAACACCAACUUCACACCAGCUCCCCACCCCCUUACCACAUGCAGGGACCAAACUUACCUGGUGGCCAAUGUUCAUCACUCUUCUAUAGAGGCAUACACAGUGGAAGCCCCUGGCAAGCUGGUGUUGUUCAUGGAACCAAGGGACCGGGAUGGGCAGAUCAUUCAGAAUGUGGGCGCCAUUGCAGCCCGCAGCAAGAACCAACUGGUCAUCCUGGACGCUGGCAAUAAGAGAAUAGUGGUCAACGACCUCACUGGCAUCUUCCUGGGUGAGUUCUGGCGCGAUGGAAUGCACCCUAGUGCCAUCUGCAUCACCGAACAUGACCAGAUCCUGGUGACAGACGCUGCACGUGACAAGAUCAUCCUGCUGUCUGCACGUGGAGACUUCAUUAAGGAGUGGCCAACCCUUGUAGAGCAGCCAUGCGCGGUCGCUACCAACGGCAAUGGCACCCUGGUAGUUGCAGGGGCUGGGAGGGAUGUGAAGAUCUACGAGUACAAGCUGGCUCACUGAGCAAUGAGAUAGUGAAUAACUGGGGCUACUUUGCUGUAUUAAAUCUAUGAAGUUUGUUGAAGUUGAUUAAAACCACAGAGAUCAUUAGUACGGUCUAUUCACAUUGAUAACAUAGGGUUAGUUGUGAUGUAUUAACACCACAGAUGUGGUGUGGUAAUUACUGGGCUGUUCAUGAUAGGUGCUGUUAUGGUGUACUUAAUAUGAUGUUCAUGCGGGAUACUAUUGUGGAGAACUUACUGUGGUGAUCAUGUGGGAUGCUAUUGUGAUGUUCCGGUAUUAUUGAUGUGUUCUUUUUUGUGGUAUGAUACUGUAUGUGUUUACUGAAGUGUAUAUUUUGGAACUGUGCUCAUUAUAUUUUCGAGGAGCCAUUUUUGUUUAUUACUAAAUAAAUAUGUUUCAAUAAUAAUGUUCCCAUUCCAGAAUCCAGUUCCUGGGGCAAAAAGUGAAAACUAGCGAGAUAUGAUUGAAUCAAUUUAUUUGUUUAUUCAUUGUUUUUUGACACAAGCAAUUGUACAACUGUUUUUCAUGAUAUAUAUAUAUAUAUAUGAUGUUUUGUUAACGGUGUUGAGUGAAAUGCAGCCUUCAAAAUGUAAAUGUUAUCCUCAGUGCCAUUGUUGGAAAUAAACAACAUUUUUACUAAUUGCUUAUUAAGAAAAAUAAUGCCCUCUAGUCUAGAGAAACAAACUGUUAAUUUCAAACGUGAAUAAGAUAAAAAGGUACAAAAACUAAUAUUUUUCAGUUUCCAGCAGCUCUCUCAAAUUUUAUAUACUGCACUCUUUUCAGCUACCUUUCAUUUCAAGCUUUACUCCUACUACAUCUUACAUAACACAUUUCAAACUGGAGUAAUUCUCACUCACACAAGCACCAAUCUUAUUCAGGCCUCUGGCAACCUUGUAUGCAUAACAGAAAAACAAUCAUGCCGCUAAUGGGAUCUGUCUCCCUCUUAUUGUUUCGAUUGUUUCCAUAUUUUGUUUCCGUCUGCUCAUGCAGACAUAUUCUUAUCUUGAUCAUGUCUAUUUCUGAUGUUUUUUUAUUUCUGAUGUUUUUUUCUGGGUGAGAUUUGUCAAAGUUAUAAAAGAAGUAUUAUUUUGGGUUUUCUCUAUGGGAAUUUUACUGAGAGUUCUACUGACAUUGUGUACUAACUACAUUGUGUAAUUGUAGCAUGUUACAUGUUGAGUUUUGACUAUCUUACUAUCAUUGAAGAUGUUUUGUUUGAAAUAUUGAAGGUGCUUUUUGAUUGUUUUGUGGAUAUGGAUGCCAUUUUCAUAAAACUGUAUAAAGAAUUUCUGACUGUCACUUUGGAUGUAAAGGUGUUAUGUCACAAAAUAGACAUUACAGUUACUAAAAUAUUCUUUUCAUAGACUUCUGUAUUCUCAUGUAAAUCUUGUUCCGUUUCUAUGAAAGCUCUUUCACAUGUAUGGUGUGCUAAAUCCUUCCAUUGAAAAUAGGCCUCUAUAUUCUCAUGCAAAUCUGGUUCACAUGAAUAAUACUUGCAUUGAAAUUAGGCCUGUUCCCAAUUUCAUUUAUGUUCUGAGUGUAAUUUUCAGACUUAAGGUUCAAUAAUGCAAAUUCUUACUAUUUUCAAUACAUAUUUUAUAUCUUUUUUGAAUGACAUACAAUAGUUUGUGUUACAUUCAAAAUUUCACAUUUCUGAGUCUUGAACCCAAAUCUUGGGUAAUGUGGGUCUCAGAGAUUUGUUGCUAUUUUGUUCAGUUGGAAGACUUUUGUGAUGUUUUCAUUAUCCUUCAACUAAUGUUUUAUCAUGCUAGUUUUUCUGUAUUUGCAAUUCCUGCCUGUGCAUAAUUAACCACACUGUUGCUUGUUACUCACAUCAGUUCAUGUUCCUUUUUAUAACUAUUCUUGUAGAUAGAAUCAGUGUUGGCUAUGGCCAUGACUGUAUUUCAAAUAUACAUGUUCAUGAUUACAGAUAUCUUUAACAAUUUGUUUGCAUACUUCAACAGUGAGACUUGAGCAUUUAGUUGGCCAUUUCAUGUUUUAACAAUUGUCAAGCCUGUUUGCGCUAAACUCUACUCAGUCUCCACUAUGUAAGGUUGCUUGAGUGUAUGUUACUUUAACUUUAUUUAUUUUAAUGAUUACUAAGACAGUUAUAUUAACAUAUGCUAAGUCACUUGCAUUGGCGCGAUGUUGCUCAAGAGUGUGAUCUUGUGUUGUGGGGAAAACCUGUGAACCCGGUGGAAACCCACUUGUCCGGCUUGGUGACCAUCAACCAAACUCACAUGCGCCCAAAUCAAACCAUGGUUGCCUUGGUGAGAUGAGAGUGAUUUUACAACUGUGCAAACCCGACAACCUGAGUGUAUGUUAGUGUGUCCUUCUGUUUGUCUGUUUCACCAUUAAAUAAUGGCUUGUCAGGGCUGUAACCUGGCCAUGCUUGUGGUAAUAUAAGAAUAACUUCACCAUGUGAAGCUGGCGUGGCCGUAACAAGUCCCAUGUCAAUUGGUCACUGAUUCAAGUAAAAGUCUUGGGUCAUUGGUCAGAUUUUCUUGUGUACCAAAGGUUAAAAGCAGAAGAUAUUUAAUAAAAUAUACUUUUACAGAAAUAUUUCACCAUGUCUGUACAUCAGUGGGCUUGACAUUGACAUUGGGUUGUGGCCAACAAAGCUGUAGUUGUAUAUUAAUGCACAUGCAAUGUUCACACUGUAUUAUUAUAUUCCAUAUGCUUGUGAAUUUCGAUUAAAUGAGUGUGCUAUAAGUAUGAAUGUUAGAUAUUAAUCUCAAUGAUAUCUUGUAAACCAUGCACAAAGUAGAUCUAAAGGUGAUUUGUUGUUGAUGCAGGAAUGCAGGAAACCCAGGGAAUACUUGGUGUCCAUUUGUUCAAUCAGCUUCUUAUUCCAGCCUCAAGUAAAUCUAAAAACAAGUUUCUUGUUAAAAGUAUUAAAUUUUGGAAGAAGGUUUUUACUAAUACUCUGACACAUUGCUUACAUUUUGAAAGCUCGCUGAUAAGCAUGUUAGUUGAUAUAAUCAGUUUUUGUGUCUGCUCCUAAUUCCAUUUAUAGUAAUGUAUCUGUUGUUUGCAUCAUUCCAAUCCUGGAUGAUUGUACUUUCUGUAUUCAGACUUGGGUAUAAGAGUUGAUAUUUAUCUUCAUACAUUUUUAGUGCAGGUUUUGUUAUCAUUUUGUUAGUAGUGCCUGUAUCCGUGUUUUAAUGGUUAUAAAGUGCCAUGUAGUUUUCCUAGUUCUUAUAGUUUGUAGUUUACUCUUUGUAUCUUUUUUCACUAUAACUGUACCUUCUCUCAUUGUUUCCUGAACCGUGGAGAACUGUCUCAGACCUAGGACCAAGUCUGCUGGAUUCUUGCGUUAAAUGGUUCACAGCCUUUCUCAUCUCUUAUUCACCUCUCGUUGCUACAGUGCUAUAUUCUACACAUACAUUUAAGUUUAUGGUUUUCAUUGAUAGUGGCAUUCUGGUCAAGGCAGUAACCCUGGAAUGGCCCGCGGGAUUUCCCCAACUUUUAGUGAUGCAGUAUACAUACGUUUUCUAAACACUAACACUCUACCCACCACUCUUCAACAUCUACUUUUCAUGUUACAUUGUUCCAUAGACUUCUACCAUUGGGUCACUAAUGAAUAAACACAAGAAGUAUUUGACAGUCUUUAUAUUAUCUAUGAAGACAAAAGGGUGCCCAUGGACGGUGCCUAACUCUUUAGCUUAAUCCUACUUAUGCAUACCGAUUAUCUUAUUAAGUUACAGAGGUAUUAUAUAUGCAUAUUGGUAUAAAGUGGAUAAUACUGUGCAGAUAUAAUGUGUUAAAACAAAUAUUUAGUUUUGUUAAUGCAGUUAUAUAUGUCUUAAUUAUUAUGUAGGUCGUCUUUCACAAAUAUUGCAAAUUAUGCUGUGGUUUAAUUAUGAAAAUAAACUGA